GGCGGUAACCAUAAUGGUGGUCAAGUAGAUCAUGUUGUGCGGGGUGGAGAAACCUCACUCCGCGCAAGGGGGAUGAUCGCACCACGUUGUGUUAAAAUGGUCAAGCUUCCUCGAGGCAGUUACACAGUGCUUACAACUGUCUCUGGAAGUGAACGCACCAGAAAAUAAAUUUACGCAGCUGUCAUCCGUACGCAAGGAAGUAAGCACAAGGUGCCGAACACCCUGAGCAGGAUGCAGCUCACCCUUCACGCGACUCGCCGAAUACCUCACGGCGCUUCGCGCUUGGUGAUGUGAGAGCCUGGUCCGGUGAGAACCCGGCGUGCUCCGUCCCGGCUUUGUAGGGAUGCGAGGUCAAUGGCGGGCUUCCCUUCGAUCAAGGUCUUCGGCGCGGACAAGCGCAACCCCACCGACUUCAACGGCGAGCGCACCACGACCGCGAUCGUGACGGGCGGGAUGGCGGCCGCCAGGGACUUGGUGAAGUCGAGGCAGGGCGGAGGCGCGAAGAAGAAGCCGUCGGCGACCAAGGACAGGAAGGCCGACAGCGGUGGCAGCAAGGGGUCGUCUGGGGGGUCGAGGAAGAAGGCCGGCGGCAAGGCCGUAGUCGAUCUGACCGAGAAUAACUUCAAGGAGAUGGUGCUGGACUCGGACGAGAUGUGGCUGGUCGAGUUCUUCGCUCCUUGGUGCGGCCACUGCAAGAAGCUCGAGCCCGAGUGGGAGAGCGCCGCCGGCCAGCUUUCGGGAAGCGUAAACCAAUUCACGGCGGCCCAAAAGGUGGUGGAGGGUCUUAUGGCGGGAGAAGCGCCGGAACCAGCGGCAGAGGCGGAAGAGGCGGCGCCGGCGACGGAGGAGGCGGCAGCGGACCCUAGCACAGAUGCGGCGGCAGAUGCUCUCCAGAACCUUAGCGUUGGAACGGGUGCGGAGGAGGCUGCGCCGACGGAGAAGGCUUAG